AUGACUAAAAGAUUGAAUGAAAAUAUAAAAUUAAAUAUUUUUAAUUAUAUGUUCAUUAUUCUUUAACUCUUGGUUUAACAAAUCUAAUCUGAAUCUAUUUAGAUUCUAACCAAGCAAGAAGCAAUCCUAGAUGUCUUUAGUUCAUCUGGAAUAAUCCUCGAAUAAUAAUUAACCAAUUCAAGUUUAUGUCACAUCGUUCCUUAAUAACUGGUGGCUCACGACAUUGACGACAAUUCAAUAACCUUAAUUGAGAGCUACAAGGAUGAUUUAUUUAGUUUAAACUUUGAACUUGGAUCCUUCAAUGGAAAAAUAGGAAAAAUUAUCAAAUUUGUCUAACUCAACAAUGGUGUUCUCGUCUUAUAAGAUGAUGGCCAAUUGAAGUAUCUAAAUUACCAAAAUAACUCAUUUCAACUGAAAUCUACCUUCAAAUUAGAAAUAGAGAAAUUUGCAUUAGAAGGCAAUGUAUUCUUGGAAUACUUCUAUUACUAAUCAUAAGUGUUGUUGAUAGCAAACACUUAAACUAUUGCCUUAGAUAUCAUCCAUGACGAAGAUGAUUUGUAUAUCAAAUAGUAUAAGAUUUAUGAGUAAUGGCAAAUCUCACACAUCAAUAGCAUUGCCACUGUUGGUAAUAUUAUGAUUGUGGCUAUGGACUCUGGUAUAAAGAUAUUCGAAUUUAAAGAUCAUUUAUUAAAUGAGAUUAUGAUCGAAAUUAGCCACAUUAACCGUGUUUAGGAUGUGAAGAUAUUUAAUAAAAAGAAUAAUGAACUUUAUUACAUUUAUUUGUUAGAUACAAUCUCAGGAAUUAAUCAAUACAUCUUUAACACUGUAACUUAAAAAUUGGAGCAUAAUUCUAAGUUAGGGAUUAUUCCAUAUCCAGGAGAAAUUCUUGACAUCUAUGGUGAAAUCUUAAUGGUUGUGAAGGACAAAUAUUUGUACGAGAUUCGAGUUGAUUAUUAUCGAAAUUAAUUCACUCUUGUUAAAUAGCAUCAGUUGGAAACAGAUAUCAUUGAUAUAGAAUUAACAGAACAAUUCGCCAUAGUGAUUGGCAGAAAUGGCCAUUAAAUUUUGUUUCAUUCAAUUCCAUCCACUUAUUCUUAAUUUGAGUGGAUGAAUUAAUUGGUUAUACCGAAUUUGAAAUAACUGGGAAUAUUGUCUUUAAAUUUAGAUCAAUAGAACUUAGAACUGAAAGAGGCCACUUCAUCUCACAAUAUCAUUAUUGGAAUUACGUAACAUAAGUUCUUUUUUUCGAAAGUGGAAUUGGAGUAAUCCUUUAUUUAAUGUUAUUCCGAUGAAAUCACCUCCUAAAUUUAAUUGAAUUAUAGUCACAAGGCUACUAGAUGUAAGACUAAUUUGAAGAGGAACGAAUGCGAUCUAAUCAAAAGCUAUACAAUCUAAUUCGUAGAGCCCAAACAGUUUGGAGGUAAUAAAUAAACUUAUUUAUUAAUAAUAUUACUUUACAUAGUAAUAUUGUUACUAUUUAUUUUAUUUAUUGGAUCCUUAAUAUAUCUCUAUAAGAAAUAUCAAAUUGAACCUAAAUAAUAGUCGUGUGAACAAACACCUGAUGUAACAUAAAAUUUGAAAACAGACCAUUAAAGCAAUUUUCCAUAGCCAUCGUCGAAAGAGAUAGCUCCUGUCUCUAGAGAUGACCAAACAACCAAUUUCUGA